UACAAUACAAAUUUCUCUCUCUUUUACCGCAACACAACAUUAUUAAUACGGGUUGCUUGUUUCUGUUUACAACGGUUUAAGGUUAAAACAAAUUUGUUCUUUUCAUAGGAACCAUGUUCCAAUUUCUAGGAGAGAAGAACAAACACACUCUCUUAACAAUUCUGUUCCGUACUACUGUUAAGUUAAGUGAGUGAAGAUCAAGGAUAAAGUUCAGAUUUUUCUUUCAAAAAGAGACAAAGUUCUAAUCUUUUGGUGGUUUUUCUGUGUUUUAUAGAAAAAUUAUUGGUGGGUUUUUGAUAUUUUGAUGAUUAAGUUUCUGGGUUUAUAGUAAAAGGUGUAAUUGAGAGAAAAAGCUGUUUUUUUUUUGUUAUUGGAGAGAGAGAGAGAGAGUUGAUUUGAAUUUCUGGGUUGAUUGUGUUUGUUGCAUACUGAUAAUUACAAUCAUUGCAAUUUGUAACCAAUUGUUGAGAGAGAAAGUUUAGUUUUUUGGAAAAAGGAGAGAGAAAGUUGAAUUCUUUUUGUUUAUGUUUGAACGAUUGAAUAGUUUUGAAUCUAUUAUAAUGGCUGUGGUGAGUUCUAUGCCUGCAACAAUACAAAGAACAGGUUCUGUGAGUUCGGUUCGCGAUGUUCGGGGAGAAAUUGAAGAGGAACCUAAUCAAAUUGUGGUUGAUGAGGUAAUCUGUGUUGCUGUGUCAAAGGAUGUAAAAGAGAGUAAAUUGAAUUUGAUUUGGGCAAUACAGAAUUCUGGUGGAAAAAAGAUCUGUAUCCUCUUUGUUCAUGUGCCUGCAACAAUGAUCCCUUUGAUGGGUGCUAAAUUUCCCGCAAGUUCAUUGAAGGAUCAAGAAGUCCGAGCUUACCGGGAAAUGGAAAGGCAAAACGUGCAUAAGACUCUUGAUGAAUAUCUUCGAAUCUGUCAACGGAUGGGGGUGCGAGCAGAGAAAUUGCAUAUCGAAAUGGAGAAUAUUGAAAAAGGAAUAAUAGAACUUAUAUCUCAGCAUGGAAUCCGAAAGCUUAUUAUGGGAGCAGCAUCAGAUAAGAAUUAUUCUAGGAGAAUGAUGGACCUCAGAUCUAGGAAAGCCAUCUACGUAUGUGAACAAGCUCCAUCUUCUUGCCAUAUACAGUUUAUCUGCAAAGGCCACCUUAUACACACAAGGGAUCGCAGUUUAGAUGAACGAAACGUAGAGGUUGCAUCUCCUUUGCUGCAGCAAGGGCCUAACUCUGUGAGACCUUCAAGAUCUCAAUCUAUUACACUGGGGCAAAAUCAUAGGACAAAUUCAAUAAGUUCUUCUCAAGAGUUAUUUCGUAGAGUGAGGUCUGCCAAUGAUGGAAUGACAGCCAGCAUUACAACUAAUUCUUCUCCAGUUGACAAUGAGGGGUUUUCAACUCCACGUAACAGGCGAGGUACAGAAGUAAGUUCUGAUGAGUCCGAUAGGUUGUCAAGGACGAGUCCUUCAGGUUUGUCAACUUUCUCUGAUAGUACAAUUGAUCCAACACUGACGCCAUAUUCUGUUGCCGAGAGCUGUGAGAAUGCAUCAGACUUGACUUUGAGUCACCUGAUUAAAGACGAGGAUCUUCGUCAUUUAUCGCCUCCAAGUGUACUGCAGGAUGGUGGAGUGAAUGAUACGCUCUAUGACCAACUUGAACAAGCUAUGUCGGAGGCUAAUAAUGCUACUCGACACGCAUACCAAGAAACUUUUAGACGCGGGAAAGCUGAAAAAGAUGCCAUUGAAGCCAUACGCAGGGCUAAAGCAUCUGAAAGCUUAUAUACAGAUGAAUUGAAUCUGAGGAAAAUGGCCGAGGAAGAACUAAGAAAGGAAAAAGAAGAACUUGAGAGUGUGACGAGCCAGAGAGACAAAGUAAAUGAAGAACUUCGACUUGCUGUGGAUCUGAAGUCAUCACUAGAGAGUCAACUUGCAUCGUCUGAAGUUAUGAUACAGGAGUUGGAGCAGAAGAUCAUAUCUGCUGUUGAGCUGUUACAAAGCUACAAGAACGAGAGAGAUGAAUUGCAGAUCCAGCGUGAUAAUGCAUUGAGAGAGGCUGAAGAUCUGAGGAAAAAACAAGGAGAAGGCUCAAGCACUCAUGUGCCUCAAUUGUUCUCAGAAUUCUCUUUUUCAGAAAUCGAAGAAGCAACAAGUAACUUUAAUCCAUCUCUAAAGAUCGGAGAAGGUGGAUAUGGAAAUAUAUAUAAAGGUCUACUCCGUCACACCGAAGUGGCUAUAAAAAUUUUGCAUGCCAACAGCAUGCAAGGACCCUUGGAGUUUCAGCAGGAGGUCGACGUAUUGAGUAAGCUAAGGCAUCCCAAUCUGAUCACUCUUAUAGGAGCCUGUCCGGAAUCCUGGUCUCUUGUCUAUGAGUAUUUGCCAAAUGGAAGCCUUGAAGACCGUCUUGCCUGCAAGGAUAACACGCAUCCAUUAUCAUGGCAAACACGGAUUCGAAUCGCUGCAGAACUCUGCUCCGCUCUCAUCUUUCUUCAUUCAAGUAAACCUCACAGCAUAGUGCAUGGUGAUUUGAAACCCUCCAAUAUCAUUCUGGAUGGAAACCUUGUCAGUAAGCUUAGCGAUUUUGGAAUCUGUCGCGUAUUAUCAAAUUACGAGAAUUCUAGUAAUAAUAAUACACAGUUUUGGAAAACCGAUCCAAAGGGAACUUUUGUCUACAUGGAUCCUGAAUUCCUUGCUUCCGGUGAACUCACUCCGAAAUCAGAUGUUUAUUCUUUUGGAAUCAUAUUAUUGAGAUUGUUGACUGGGAGACCGGCAUUGGGAAUAACUAAGGAGGUGAAAUAUGCAGUAGAUACCGGAAAGUUGACAUCUUUAUUGGAUCCUUUGGCCGGAGACUGGCCAUUUGUGCAGGCUGAACAGUUAGCUCGCUUGGCCUUGCGGUGUUGUGAGAUGAAUAGGAAGAGUCGGCCGGACCUUCAUUCAGAUGUAUGGAGGAUAUUGGAUGCAAUGAGGGCUUCUUCUGGUGGUACAAACUCCUUUGGUCUAAGUUCUGAAGGGCCACAUCAACCUCCUUCAUAUUUUAUUUGUCCAAUCUUCCAGGAAGUCAUGCGAGAUCCACAUGUAGCUGCAGAUGGUUUUACUUACGAAGCAGAGGCUAUCCGAGGAUGGCUUGACAGUGGUCAUGACGCUUCACCGAUGACAAAUAGUACGCUUUCACAUCAGAAUCUUGUCCCCAACCGCGCUCUUCGCUCUGCAAUUCAGGAUUGGCUUCAAAGUCACUGAUCAAGCUUAUUACUUUUCAUUAAACUGUAUAUCUACCUGUUUAUAAUAUGUCUAGGAAAGAAAUAUCCCCAUUAUAUUUUUUUGCAACCUUAUAUAUAUAUAUAUAUCACUUUUAUUUCUUAGAGUUCUAUAUAAGUCACAUUUGAUACCUAUAUAUAUCCCCUUGUUUAUAUAGGUUAAAUAACCACGUGGUAUCUUCAGUCAUUGCAUA